CUCCCGGCGCGGCCAGGCGGGGCUCGGCCAUGUCGGGCCCGCGGGCCGGCUUCUACCGGCAAGAGCUGAACAAGACAGUGUGGGAGGUGCCGCAGCGGUUGCAGGGCCUGCGCCCCGUGGGAUCGGGCGCCUACGGCUCGGUCUGUUCGGCCUAUGACGCGCGGUUGCGGCAGAAAGUGGCGGUGAAGAAGCUGUCUCGUCCCUUCCAGUCGCUAAUCCACGCACGGAGGACGUACCGUGAGCUGCGGCUGCUCAAGCACCUGAAGCACGAGAAUGUAAUCGGGCUCCUGGACGUCUUCACCCCAGCCACUUGCAUUGAGGACUUCAGCGAAGUGUACUUAGUGACCACCCUGAUGGGCGCCGACUUGAACAACAUCGUUAAGUGCCAGGCUCUGAGCGACGAGCACGUCCAGUUCCUCGUGUACCAGCUGUUACGUGGGCUGAAGUACAUCCACUCGGCUGGGAUCAUCCACCGGGACCUGAAGCCUAGCAACGUGGCAGUGAAUGAAGACUGCGAGCUCAGGAUCUUGGACUUCGGGCUGGCACGCCAGGCAGACGAGGAGAUGACCGGAUAUGUGGCCACACGCUGGUACCGCGCACCAGAGAUCAUGCUGAACUGGAUGCACUAUAACCAGACAGUGGACAUCUGGUCUGUGGGCUGCAUCAUGGCUGAACUGCUCCAGGGAAAGGCUCUCUUCCCCGGAACUGAUUACAUUGACCAGCUGAAGCGCAUCAUGGAGGUGGUAGGGACACCUAGUCCUGAGGUUCUGGCAAAGAUAUCUUCAGAGCAUGCCCGGACAUACAUCCAGUCCCUGCCCCCCAUGCCCCAGAAGGAUCUCAGCAGCAUCUUCCAUGGAGCCAACCCCUUGGCUGUAGACCUGCUUGGGAGAAUGUUGGUGCUGGACAGUGACCAGAGGGUCAGUGCCGCAGAGGCCCUGGCCCAUGCAUACUUCAGCCAGUACCAUGACCCAGAUGAUGAGCCGGAAGCCGAGCCCUAUGAUGAAAGCGUUGAAACCAAGGACCGAACACUGGAAGAAUGGAAGGAGCUCACCUACCAGGAAGUCCUCAGCUUCAAGACCCCGGAGCCUCUGCAGCUGCCUGGCAGCCUAGAGAUCGAGCAAUGAAUGAGACACUGCACAGGGCCACACUGCAGCCUGGGGGACCUGAGCCACCCCCUUCCUCAGCCCUCACCCUGGCCUGGGAGCUCUUCCUGAGAGGGGAGUCUACAUAUGUGUGAGCACAAGCCUGUACCUACCAUGUGUUAAAGUCUGAGCAGAAGUGUCCCUGGGCCUCCUUGGGCCUCCCACCCUGUCCCAGCAACUAGGUUCUCCAUGAGACCUCACAGUGGAGGAACCUGGAUGCCCAAGAAAGAGGCCUCCCUGGGACUGUGUCUUGUCCCUAUCUCCUCCACCUCAAAGGGUAUUGGGGAUGGAGGGAGUCCUAAGGGGCUGGAAGCCUGGAGUUUCAAAGGGAAGGUGGUGAUUAGAGCUGCUCCAUUUGGAGGUAGGGGAAGGGAAGGGUUGUCUUAGAAACUACCAAGACCUGCCAUAGGUUGGCCAGCACAAGGCUUGUGCCCACCAGGCUGGGAAAGAUCCCUUUGAGAGUAGCAGGGCAGGAACCACUACCAGAUGUCCAGUCAGAACAGGCCUGUAGCCUUGUGCUUGUCUAUGGUGCAUAUAGGCACCCGUGCACUCCUGGUGUACAGGUAUGAGGGCAUGUGUAGGCUUGUGUGAAUCUGUGGGAGCCCAAGCUCCACUCUGGCAGGGGGCCUGAGUUGCUGUGGUCUCACUUUUGCCUGCCCUACCACCAGCUCCUGGUGCCCAAGGGAUGCUGAGUCUGGCCCUGCUGGGCACAAGUCUAGAGCUCAGGGGCCCUGAGGUAUCCACAUGAGAAGGGCCCAGUCUUCCUCCGUGGGCAUGACAGCUACUAAGGCUUCUGAGGCAAGAGGACACAGUGCUACCUGGGGCUGGUGAAGCGUGGGACCCAACCUUGAGGAUGUUAAGGAAGGCAGAGCAUGUGGAUGUGGGCCUGAACACUCCUCUUUGGCCUUGGCCAAGACCGGACAAACGCCUGUCUGCUUGCUACCUCUGUUCACUGUUGUGGCCCUGAAGCCAGAGAUCUGGGGUGCUCUGGUAUGUGGGCCAGCCCUUGUCUUCCCUUCUCUCUAAAAGGAGCUGACCGGUAAUCUCUGGGAUGGAACCCUGCUUAGAGAUAUAUUAGGGGAGUGACUCCUCUCUGGAGAGGGGGUGACCUCUUGCCUCCAGGGACCCAGGGAGGGCCAGAUGUCAAGUGCCUGCACCAGGGGUGCACAAUAAAGGGGGUUCCCUCUUG